CGCGUUGUUCUGGGCGUGAGCGCGCUCGGUGCACCGGGUGCUUACGCAGCCGCCCUACGCGGGGGCGGCCGGCGGGAGGGGGGAAGAAGAGGUCGCCGCCAUGGAGGCGAAGCCGGCGGACGUCCUGCUCUGUGACAGCCUCAUCCUCUGGUUGCAGACGUUCAAUACUGCUGCACCUUGCAGAGAUGUUCAGGACUUGACUAAUGGGGUUGCCAUGGCCCAGGUACUUCACCAAAUAGAUGUUGCUUGGUUUGAUGCAUCUUGGCUAAAUCGCAUUAAAGAUGAUGUUGGUGACAACUGGAGAAUAAAGUCCAGUAAUCUGAAGAAGAUACUGCAAGGAAUUAUGGACUACUAUCAUGAGUUCUUGGGUCAGCAGAUUUCAGAAGAGCUUAUUCCGGACUUAAACCGGAUAUCUGAGAACUCAGAUCCCACUGAACUGGGCAGGCUUCUGCAGCUUAUUUUAGGCUGUGCAGUCAACUGUGAAAGGAAACAAGAACAUAUACAAAAUAUCAUGACCCUUGAAGAGUCUGUUCAACAUGUUGUCAUGACUGCCAUUCAAGAGCUCAUGAGCAAGGAAAUAACGGGUCCUUCCACAAGUGAUGCAUCAAGUGAAAUGGAACAGCAGCUUAAAAAAGCUUUGGAAGAUCUUCAGGAAGCACUAGCAGAAAAAGAAGAGCUGGCACAAAGAUGUCAAGAGCUAGAUUUACAGGUGGCUGCCCUCCAGGAUGAAAAAACCAGCUUGAUGUCAGAAAAUGAGAUUAUGAAUGACAGGCUAGAGCAAUUAGAUGACUCUCUUGAUGAUCCAAAUACUGUGGUUGCAAAAAAGUAUUUUCAUGCACAGUUGCAGCUGGAACAACUGCAAGAAGAAAAUUUCAGGCUUGAAGCUGCAAAAGAUGAUUAUCGUGUCCAUUGUGAAGACCUAGAAAAACAAUUGAUUGAACUGCAACAUAGAAACAAUGAACUAACCUCUUUGGCAGAAGAAUCUAGAGCCUUGAAAGAUGAAAAUGAUAUUCUUAGGACUACCGCAGACAAGGCAAGUAAGCUGGAAUCAACUGUUGAAGUGUAUCGUAAAAAGCUACAGGAUCUGAAUGACUUCCGCAGACAAGUCAAAUCUCUGCAGGAAACCAACAUGAUGUAUAUGCACAAUACAGUCAGUCUGGAGGAUGAACUGAAGAAAGCCAAUGCAGCACGUGCUCAACUAGAAACCUACAAAAGACAGGUCCAGGAGCUUCAUAACAAACUGUCUGAAGAAUCAAAAAGAGCUGAUAAGCUAGCAUUUGAAAUGAAGCGACUUGAAGAAAAACACGAAGCUUUAAUCAAAGAAAAAGAGAGACUGAUAGUACAGUGUGAUGCACUAAAAGAGACAAAUGAAGAGCUCCGGUAUUCACAGAUGCAGCAGGAUCACCUGAGUCAAACAGGCGCAUCUCGUGUUAAAAGCCAUGAGAACCUUGCUGCUGAAAUUCUGCCAGUGGAAUAUCGAGAAAUGUUUAUUCGGCUGCAGCAUGAAAAUAAGAUGCUUCUAUUACAACAGGAAGGAUCAGAAAAUGAGCGUAUUACAGAGCUCCAAGAACAGCUGGAGCAAAAGCAUAGGACAGUGAACGAACUGGAAACUGAGAAAAGGCUAAAUGAAGAGCGUAUUGGGGAGUUACAGCAGCAGAUUGAAGAUCUGCAAAAGACUUUACAGGAGCAAGGAUCCAAGACUGAAGGAUCUAGCAACCUGAAGCAGAAAUUGGCAGCACACAUGGAAAAGCUGAAUGAAGUGCAUGAUGAGUUACAGAAGAAAGAGGCUGAUCUUGCAGAACUCCAGCCUGAUGUUAGUCAGAACCCCCAGAAAAUUGGAGAGCUGGAGGCAGCUUUGCGAAAAAAAGAUGAAGAUAUGAAAGCAAUGGAAGAAAGAUAUAAAAUGUACCUUGAGAAAGCAAGAAAUGUGAUAAAAACAUUAGACCCCAAGCUAAAUCCAGCAUCAGCAGAAAUUAUGUUGCUCAGAAAACAGAUAACAGAUAAAGACAAAAAAAUAGAAGCACUAGAGGCUGAAUACAAACUUGCUAAGUUACGUGACUAUGAGGAAAAGCUAAUUGUAACUGCAUGGUAUAACAAGAGCCUAACUCUUCAGAAGCUAGGUAUGGAAGCAAGACUGGUUGGCAGUAGCGGUGCCUGCAGAGACGGUCCCGGACGCUCAUUCCUAGCUCAACAACGUCAUGUCACCAAUACCAGAAGGAAUCUCACUGUUAAAGUACCGGGUGCAACAUCUGAUUAAACCAAGGACCAUGAGGAAAACUUACAUGCUAAAGUGUCCUUAAAUGUUUUAUAGCUUCCUUUUUAACUACUUGAUGAAAGAGGAGGUUAGAAUGGUGGGCAACUGCGAAUUCAACAUCAGAACCUAUCAAGAAGUGAUUAAGUUGAUCAGUGGUGUGUCUAGAAGGUAGCACAUAGUUUUCCAAAUAGAAGUAGAUUUAAUAACUGCAGUAUGUAUUUACAAGCACAACUUAAAAGAUUUAUAUUUGUCUUCAGAAUAUAUUGUAAAUAUAAAAAUUGGCACUAUAUAUUUAAAACUUUAUUUAAUGGGUUUGGGCUAGAAAGUUGACUUUUGUAAUGGAAAGAUGUUAUGCAAAAAUGUACUUCAGGAAACUGGCAAUAUUGGGCAUUUUUGCUGGGCUCUUCUAAAAAUAAAUUUAAAAGAUUGGUACCAUGUUUUAAAAAAAAACUUUUUUAGAAUACGAAGUAAAAUUGUAAAAGCAAGAAAAUACUUGCAUUUAUAGAAAAAGAAAAAAAAAGGUGUAGUACCAGUUGACUUGUUUAUAUAACAGAAGACAGGAUUUGUUUUGUCAUCUCAAGUGAGAAGCAGAAUUACUCAGUUUAUUUAGAAAAGGAAAGAUUAAGUUUGUGUGUAUAUACAUUAAGGAGAACCUGUCUUUAAGAUGUUGAAUUCACUAAAGCCAAAUAAGCUGUCUUUUCCUGUGUAAGAAAAAAAGCUAUUACAGUAAUUCAAAAGUCUGGGCUAUGUUUUAAAAGUCUGGCAUAUUGGUACACUGCAUUUAUUUGCAGAAAGGUGGUUAGGUGGGAAGGAACCCCAUUUAUUUCCAGCUAUUUAUACAACCCUGUGCAUAGAAAUUAAUUUUCCUCUUUUUAAACGUAGUUUCACUUCAGUAAUUCUGAACUAACUGUGCUAGGCAGAUGAAUGAAAGAUAGCUGUGCUGGUUGUUGGCAGCAAAGAUUGUUUGUUGGCAGGGAGAAUAGCGGGUGAGCUAUAAUAAUUUUGCAGUAUCUGGAUUGAAGAUGAUGAAAUGGGGAUUGAUGUCUGAAAUUUGUGUGCAGGAAGCUGCUAUCAUUCACAAAAUUUGUGUCACUUUCUUUACCAAAUGUCUUAUUUUUGUUGUGAACUGUAUUUUUAGGAAGCUUGUUAAUGUCCAUUCUUCUUUGCAAACUGUCUAGAACAAAUUCAUUAUACACAGUUAAAUAAAAUAAAAUUACAGCAGCCCUUAAAAUAAAACAAAUACACUUAAACUAAGUAUUUGAGGGUGCUGUACCAGUCCGUGAUUUAAUAUGAAACUCAGCCGUAUGUGUGAAUGAAAGCAUAUGUCUGUCUUCACCAUUAAGGCCAUCUUUGGUUUGAGAGUGGGGGGUUCAGAUUUGCAGAAUUUAAGUUUUGAAUUCUGAAAUUUGAGUAGUCUUCUAUUUUGCAUGCCCCUCAGUAUGGCUUGUUCUUUGAUUUCUUCCUUCCCCAGCUUCUUAAAUUCUUUAUUGGACAUUGCAUGCAAUGCUAGAGAAAAUAGAAGUAUUCAUUUUUAGUACUUAGCGUUGCUUCUUAGUUGUGGUGCUAGAUUUACAGUGCUGUACAUUUAGGCAUUCAACAGAUAUUUCCUCUUUCAAAACUUCUGUCUACACAAGGCAUUGUUUAAAAGCCAGUCUCAUGCUAAAUGUGGUAUGAGCAGAGAAUAUGUCAGACAAACUGCCAUUGGACAGUUUUGUCUAUCAGGUUGUGUUCUUCAGGAUUUUAUGCUUCUUUGGACUACCUCUUGGGUUUUGAGGUCUUUUAUUGCUGCAGUGAUAUUACUGGGGUUUGUAUUUUUAAGAUACAAUUGCUUGUUUAAUCUGCUAGUGGUGUGGGAGAUGGUGGUGAGCAGUGGAACAGGAGACUAAGUCUUAGCAAGAUGCUUACGUUUCUAAAGCCUGGUACUUUGGUGUGUUCUAGUGAAAUGUGAAACUGUCACUGAUGGUGUUGAAUGGGUCUCUUAACCCUCGUUCUUUACAGCAUGGAAACUUUCAUGGACAUCUUUCAAAUACUCAUCUAGUUAGUAGGCUUGAUGCAUUUGUUGUACUUUUCACAGUAGUAGAGCUGUGUCAGUAGUCAUAUCAGGUGCUGAAUAGUGAAAAACUUGGAGCAAAUGUCUUUGAUGUACACUUCUCAAAACUGCAGACCCUGGGACCAAAAAUGACCAAGAACCUCCCUAUUGUUUAAUUGGAAGUUUGUCUUCUGACUUGCAAUGUAAGAAUUUAAAUAUGGGACUACAGACAGGGAUCAGCCUUUUUCAGGGCAAGGUUGUCCCCAAUAGUCUUGUUGGGGUUGCCAAAAAUGAAUCGGGUUUUCAGGUAUUAGAUGAAAUGUUACUUACUUGGGGCUUUUCCAAACUGUUAAAAGUUAAGCCUGUGAAUAUAACUUAAGUGUUUCUUUGGGCUUGAGAACCUGUUUAAGAGUGGCUGUUUUAUAACUGGUUAAACUUGGGUUAUGUCCUAUGAAUGAGGAACUGAUCUGUAGAAAUAAAUAUUUGAUUAUAAGCCAUAGUGUUGUAUUCACUUCAGCUCAUCUGACUGUGCAGAAAGGAUUGUUAGAAUAAGUAUCAUUUUAAUGUUAACUUCAUUCAUGUAAAAAAAAAAAAAAAAGCUACUAAUAGCAUUGCUGUGUUAUAGCUGAGUUGUAUGCAACAUGUAGCAGCAGAACAAUGUCAAUACAAUGUUCUUUGAUGCAAUGUGCACCACUGCUGAGGCAGGACGAAGAAAGGGGCUACUUGUUUCUGCUGCAAGAUGAAUUCGUAUCAUGCCCAGACAGCACAGUUAGGAACAGAUUCAAAUUACGAGAUGAAAUCAUCGAAUAUUGCUGAAGUUAAUCAGCAUUAUUAGUCAUUUAGCCAGUUUCCAGUAAAACGGGUAAUAUAGAUCCAAAGAAACAAAAAUAUGUUCUGAUUGACAUAUCAUUUGUUAAUAUUUUUUUAUAUAAGAUUAAAAAUAACCACUAGGGAAGAGAAGUGUUUUGUAGCAAUAAUACAAAUUUUGAACUAGUAGGUUCUUUUACACAAGGUGGAUCAGGCAGCAGUUUUGAGAAGAUUAUUUUGCAACAACUGUAUUAUAGUGGAUGAAGAAACUUUCACUGAAAAUAAAUUUUCACCUAACUGAUUUUUUUGUUCAUUAAAAGUAUAUAUAUAUAUGGGUAUUCUAUUUUCUACAAUAGACACUUAACUUGGAAAUAAGUAAUAUAAGCAAUACUGAUGUUUUGUUUAGGUAGCCAUAAAUAGCUUAGGAAUUAGAAAAUGGAAACAAUUGUUUAAGAGUUGGUAAUGUCUAGUAAAGUAAUUUUCUUAACUUUUUCGCUUUUUUCCCUUCCUCCCCCUAGUCAAGCUAGAGUUAAGGUUUUCAGUGUACCAGUGUCUACAUCUUCUGUUUAAAGCAAAUGUAAACACCGUGUUGCAUAGAACUUGAAAAAUUGCACUAAUUUUUAAACUUUUGGUUUUAUUUUUCUUUGGAAAGAAUUCUUUUAUAUUCACAUAAAGAUUUUUAAAAUUAA